CCUUUUUCUGUCUGCUGAAGUAUGUGCAUUUUAUUGUUCUAUUUUUUUUUUUCCUCUUUUUACGGCCCCGAUAUUCAUCUUCUUCUUUUGUGGGGCGAGGCGUGGCUUUGCUGCGAGUUCUAGAUAACAUAUAUCGUCAGAAACACUUUAUAUUUUGGGACAGAACCCUUUUGCAAAACACUUCCCUGCAGGAAACGUAAUCGCUGAAGUAAGUUUAAGAAAAGUGAAGAUCUGGAAGAAGAAGUUUCUGUCAUAGGAGGGAUGAGGCUCAUGUCUUCAGUAGGUUUGUCGCAUUUCAUUACGUGGAUUUUCUGUAUCCUACCGUUCAUCUCAUCUUUUAAUGAUGGUCAUAUCAAGGAGCAAGCAGUUAACCUUAUGAAGAAAUUCCCUUUGAUUGAUGGACACAAUGACCUUGCCUUACAGCUAAGAAAGAUGUACAAUAACCGAUUGUCGAAAAUCAACCUGAGAACCUUGAACAGCACCAGAACCAACUUAGAGAAACUUAAAGCAGGUCGUGUGGGAGCUCAGUUUUGGUCAGCGUACGUAUUGUGCAAUGCUCAGGACAAGGACGCUGUUCGACUGACUCUGGAACAGAUUGACGUCAUAAAACGAAUGUGUAAAGAAUACGAGGAGCUUGAACUUGUGACUUCCUCUAGUGGUAUAUCUGACUCCACAAAGAUUGCCUGCUUGAUUGGAUUGGAAGGUGGACACAGCAUAGACAGUAGUCUGGGAACACUGAGGAUGUUCUAUGAUCUUGGAGUGCGAUACAUGACUUUAACCCACACCUGCAACACUCCAUGGGCAGAGACCUCUGCAACAGGAAUCCAUUCGUUUUACCAAAGAGGGACAAGCUUGACUGAAUUUGGCAAGGAAGUUAUAAAGGAAAUGAACAGGAUAGGUAUGAUUAUCGACCUUUCCCACACAUCCUUCAACACCUCUCGAGCUGUGCUGGAGAUAACGAAAGCACCCGUCAUUUUCAGUCACUCUGCAGCCUUUGCUUUGUGCCCAAGAACUCGCAAUGUCCCGGAUGAUAUUCUGCUUAGUAUUAGAAAGAACCAGGGCCUGGUUAUGGUUAAUUUUUACACAGAGCUUAUUGCAUGCGGGAAAUCAGCAAAUAUCUCUACCGUGGCAGAUCAUUUUGACCAAAUCAAGAUGAUAGCUGGCGCAGAGUAUAUUGGGAUUGGAGGAGAUUAUGAUGGUGUGAAUGGGUUUCCAAUUGGUCUAGAAGAUGCUUCCAAAUACCCAUCACUGAUUGAGGAGCUGCUAAGACGCGGCUGGAGCGAAGAGGAACUUGGAGGAGUUUUAAGGAACAAUUUCUUGCGUGUAUUCAGCCAGGUGGAGAGAGUGAGAGAUGAACAGAUGUCCCUGAAACCCAAUGAGGAAGAAGUUCCAGCAGAUGAAGUGAACUACGCUUGCCGCUUAGACCUACGGGCUUUGGCACGAAAUACUUUUUUAAAUUCCAACGCACAGGAGAGCGGGAGGCAUAACCCGAUACAAGUACUAGCUUCCUUGACAUUUUUCUGUGUUUACCUAUAUGGUCAAACCUUGAAGAACUCAUUGAUGCAGGAAAAGCAUGGUCAGAAAAUGAGAAAAGGCUUAGAGGAAAAGUGGGCCUCUGCAUGUACUACAGACAUCUUCUAAAUCAGCGCCAUAUUAGACCCAUCCAUCUGAGAAAUUCUUGUUAAUGCAAGUGUGUCCUCGUACUUCGCUUGCGCUUUAUGGACCCUUCUCAGCCUUCAGAACUAUUCCAUGUUCUUACUUUGAAAGUAUUCAUCAUCAUCCUUUCAUUGUAUUAUUUAUUUGUGAUGUUACAAUUUUCCUCAUACACCAGAAAAUCAAUAAAGACCAUGAAAAGACAA